AUGCGAGAUGCCCUAGGGUAUUGUGGCUGCCCGCAGUUGGCCCUCUGGAAGGCUCUGAUCCUGUGCCAUAUUGGUCAGCCCUGCAGCCGAUAUGGCACAAGCCAGUCCCAAGGCCCUUGGACACCUCCAGUGGCAUCAGACACCCACGUAUGGACAGACAAUAGCACAGGGGCAGUGAUUUAUCACGCACUGUUUCUGAUUGUCUUGGGGUGUUUGAUCCUAGCUGUCCUGACAACUUUCAAGGAGUAUGAAACUGUUUCAGGAGACUGGCUCCUCUUGCUGGAAACUUUUGCCAUUUUCAUCUUUGGAGCAGAGUUUGCCUUAAGAAUCUGGGCUGCUGGGUGUUGCUGUCGCUACAAAGGAUGGAGAGGGAGACUCAAAUUUGCCAGGAAGCCUUUGUGCAUGCUAGAUAUCUUUGUGCUGAUUGCCUCAGUGCCAGUGGUUGCUGUUGGGAACCAGGGCAAUGUGCUGGCCACAUCUCUCAGAAGCCUCCGCUUCCUUCAGAUCCUACGGAUGCUCCGAAUGGACAGGCGGGGCGGUACAUGGAAACUUUUGGGAUCAGCCAUUUGUGCACAUAGCAAAGAACUCAUCACUGCCUGGUACAUUGGGUUCCUGACACUCAUCCUAUCAUCGUUUCUUGUUUAUCUGGUUGAAAAAGAUGUUCCUGAAAAGGAUGCUAAUGGGGUGGAGAUGAAGGAAGAGUUUGAAACCUAUGCAGAUGCACUGUGGUGGGGGCUGAUCACCCUCGCUACGAUUGGUUAUGGCGACAAGACCCCCAAAACAUGGGAGGGACGGCUGAUUGCAGCUACGUUCUCUCUCAUUGGAGUGUCUUUCUUUGCUCUUCCUGCAGGCAUUUUGGGCUCAGGGCUGGCACUGAAGGUCCAGGAGCAACACCGUCAAAAACAUUUUGAGAAAAGAAGAAAGCCAGCAGCUGAACUCAUUCAGGCUGCUUGGAGAUAUUAUGCUACUAACCCCAACAGGAUUGAUCUAGUUGCUACCUGGAGGUUUUAUGAAUCAAUUGUAUCAUUUCCAUUUUUCAGGAAAGACCAAUUGGAUGGUACUGCCAGCCAAAAGCUGGGUCUCUUGGAUCGGGUUCGUGGUACCAAUACUAAAGGAAAGCUAUUUACCCCUCUGAAUGUAGAUGCCAUUGAAGAAAGUCCUUCAAAAGAGCCUAAGAAUGUUGUCUUGAAUAAUAAGGAGCGUUUUCGCACUGCAUUCCGAAUGAAAGCGUACGCUUUUUGGCAAAGCUCAGAAGAUGCAGGAACAGGGGAACCCAUGGCAGAAGAGAGAGGCGACAGUAGCGACUUCCUUAUGGAAGAUAUGAUCCCCACAUUCAAGACAGCCAUCAGAGCUGUCAGAAUACUACAGUUUCGUCUCUAUAAAAAAAAAUUCAAGGAGACUUUGAGGCCUUAUGAUGUAAAGGAUGUGAUAGAGCAAUACUCAGCAGGGCAUCUUGAUAUGCUUUCCAGAAUAAAAUAUCUUCAGGCAAGAGUAGAUAUGAUUUUUACACCUGGACCUCCAUCUACUCCCAAGCAUAAGAAAUCCCAAAAGGGAGGAGCUUUUUCUUACCCUUCACAACAGUCUCCCAGAAAUGAUCCAUAUGUAGCCAAAGCAUCUACAGCAGAUACUGAAGACCAAAGUAUGAUGGGCAAAUUUGUUAAAGUUGAACGACAGGUUAAUGACAUGGGGAAGAAACUGGAUUUUCUUGUUGAUAUGCAUAUGCAUCAUAUGGAACAGCUGCAAAUACAAGUCGCUGAGAUAAGUCCAUUGAAAGAAACUGCUUCUCCUGCAAAGGAGAAGAGAGAAGAAAACAAAUAUUCUGAAUUAAAAACAAUAAUAUAUAAAUACACUGAGCAGUGUGCUCAUGAAUCUCCUUACAACUUCCAGCAGGUUCCAGUCAACAAAGUCAGUCCUUAUGGUUUCUCAGCACAUGGUCAUAUGACUCAUUCACAACCUUUAUCAACAGGUGGGCAAAACUCUGGCAAACUGCAAGCCACACCUUCCUCAACUUCAUAUGUAGAAAGGCCAACAGUUUUGCCUAUAUUUACAUUAAUGGACUCCCAGGUUAGCUACCACUCUCAAGGAGACCUACAAAGCCCUUACUCAGAUAAGGUGUCUCCCAGGCAGAGAAGGAGCUUAACAAGAGACAGUGAUACUCCAUUAUCCCUUCUCUCCGUCAACCAUGAGGAACUUGAGCGCUCCCCAAGUGGCUUCAGUAUCUCCCAAGACAGAGACGACUUCCCGUUUGGCCCCAAUGGGGGAUCGGCGUGGAUGAGAGAGAAACGCUACCUAGCAGAGGGGGAAACGGACACAGACACCGACCCUUUUACACCAAGUGGCUCCAUGCCUUUGUCUUCUACAGGAGAUGGGAUUUCAGAUUCAAUAUGGACCCCUUCAAAUAAGCCAGUUUAAAAGUGCGUAUUGGGGCAGUCACUGGUUGACUUCUCCAUGUAAUGUAAGCAUACUUUGUAUAUCUCACUUACUCUACACCCAAAGCUUACUAGUUCAAAACACCAAUGGCUGCAUAAGAUGCAUGUGAUAUUAGUGGUAGUCAUUCUGCACCAUUUCAUACAAUUUACUAAUGCAGUUUUUUUCAUGCUACCAAAACUAAGGAGCUUAGUUUUGAGCAUGGUUUGCAUGAAUUUACCCUAUAUAAAUGGUACAGCUGAUUUCUUCUAUGAUACAUAUCUAUCUGAUACUCUUCAAUACUACAAUGGUGAAUUGAUAACAGGUGAGAUAUGGUGGUCCUUGCUACAUUUUGUAAACAGAGCAGCAAAGUAAAUAUAUAUUUUCUGGA